AUGAGGCCUUUGGGGAGGUGGAUAGGACUCGGGGGGGCCACAUCAAGUUUAGCUUCCUUCAGACAGUAUGAUGCGGAGCUCACUGCGGCACACCAGGCUGAGGGAGACGAGUUGGAGCAGGCUACGCACAGAAAGUGGACGUUGAGGUGCUACUUCCUAUAUUUGAUAGGCACCCAGCUCUUUGUGGACACCAGCUCGUCGUACACAAACAUCGUAUACCUUACGUGCUUAUCGGAUAUAGCACGUAUCCAUGAGUACAACUGGAGAGCGGCUGUACUGGCGUACAAUUACUACAGAUUGGGAGAGGGAUGCCUGUGGAAGGAUACUACAACACUUCCUAUACAUUAUUGGCUAGGAAGAGGUGCCCACCAACACAGAGGUCAUGCUGCGUGCCAGUCAUUUCACCCCCGCAGAGGGAACCAGGUGUCAGAUUCAUACAGGCGCGGUCUUGACCGCAUGGCCGCCGAGGACAUCAGCUCGACCAUUGUUGUACGCUAUCGUCUGGAGCGCGUCAUGCGGCAGUUUGGAUAUGAGCAGGCGAUACCUCGCGAUCCUACUAUCUCAGCACCUAUCGCCAUGACCCGCAUGCAAUUAGAGGAGGUCUUUGCAGACUAG